UAUCAAAUUGCCGCCAAAUCAAGGUGAAUCCUUUCUCAAGAAAAAGUGAAAAACUCAACAACCCAACAAAAAACGCUACUCAAUUUCCUCAACACAGCGACCGAGUGAACCACGGAAGCGAGGGAGAGAGAGGAUUGAUUCAAAUGCAGCAUUCUGGUUCUCUCCGCACAAACCUUCCAUGAGAAUUUCCAGUUCUUAGGCAAUAUCACUUCCUUAUUUCCUUCUGUAAAACCCUGAUUUCGUAGUUUGGUGAUCAAAUGUUUAGGUCAGCUUUUCUUUCUCUCAGAGUUCGUUGGAAGCCGGCGGUCAAUUUACUUCAACGGCUUGAUCCACAAAAAAGGUGCCAGUUUCGUGGUUAUUCUAAAUCCGCAAGACACACUUCUGAAAAACCAAAUGGCCAGAAAUUACUGUCAGAGACAUGUCCAAGUACUAAGACUACUAACUACAAGUCAUUGAUAGUUCUUGCUAUUCCUGUUGCUUUGCUUGGAGUGGCUGGUUAUGCUCGUUACAAUGAUGAGAGAAGAGCAAUCCAGAAAGGUGAAGGAUCAAAAAAAGAAAUACCGGUUAAGGGGCCUGCUAUUGGUGGUCUUAAUUUGAUUAAUACUGAGGGUCAAAUAGUUACUGAACGGGAUCUUCAAGGACACUGGGUGCUCUUGUACUUUGGUUAUACAUCAUCACCAGAUGUGGGGCCAGAAGAAGUGCAGAAAAUGGCAAAGGCCGUCGACAUAUUAGAGUCAAAACGGAAUGUUAAGCUUCUACCUGUCUUUGUCACAAUUGAUCCUCAGCGUGAUUCUCCUUCACAGCUAAAAAGUUAUCUUAGAGAGUUUGAUCCAAGAAUAGUGGGGUUAACUGGAUCUGUUAACUCUAUAAGGCAAGUAGCACAGGAGUAUCGGAUAUUUUUUAAGAAGAUUGAAGAGGACGGGAGUGACUAUCUUAUUGAAUCUUCUCAUAAUAUGUAUUUGAUGAGCCCAAACAUGGAAAUAAUGAGGUGCUUUGGAGUAGAGUAUAGUGCCACAGAGCUAGCAGAAGCUAUAGACAAGGAGUUGAAGAAAAGUGCCACUUAAAAUACUAUGCUAAAUCUUCCUAGAGGGGCUAGAGGAGGCAAAAGAUACUGUUUGUGAUGGGAUCAAGUAUUUCGGAUGCUACAAGCUCGUAGUUAGGUGAUGAUCUUAUUGAUAGAUCUUUCGACCUUUCUGAUUUUAGCUUCUCAGAAGCUUCCCGACUAGACUUUGGACGGCGUGGCUGGGUCUUAGAUUUUUAAGUUUCUGUUUUCUGAAAUAAUUAGCAGAAAGAAUCUUUGAAGGCAUUUUUUUAGUUGCCAUCUCAUAAACGAUGGUUGAAGGAAGUAAAAAGACGAAUCAUAUGUGAUUUCAGUUGCUAUAUAAUAUUAUAGAGAACUUUCCCUUUA